UAAAUCUCUGGUGAAAUAAAAACGUUAUGUUAACGGUAAAAAAAUAUUACGUGCCGAAACCGUGGUCGCGCAUUAAUAAUGUUAAUAGUCACUUGUUUGUUUUCUCUUUCAGCCGUUUGUCUGCAGUCUGCACUCUUUACGCCAUAUUGCAGUGUGUUUUAAUAUAUUACUGACCGUGAAAUAACGUACAGUUUGUGUUUCAGGAUUUUGUGUUAAUAUUGUGUAUUUUAACUUUGUUAUAUUAUUUAUUAUCUACUAUUGUAAUGAUGGAAUUUGUUAUCGUUUUGAUAUUUUGUGUGGUUCUUGUGAUUGCUGUAAUGGUAAUUGGUUCCGGGAUGGGGAAAGCUACUUCUUCGCAGCGUCAGAUGGACAUCAUUAACGUCGCUCAGAACUUAUAUGUUUUAAUUAGGAAAGGCGACUUGAAGAAAUGUGACGUUACGCAGACGACCACGUUUCUUCUCAACAUCGCAAAGUCAACUGUUCUCAAGUACUACAAGAAAGACAUUGAAGAAGUUUCAACACCAGGAAAAAAGAGGAAAAAAAGGCCACAGGAAGGAAAGUCACUUGACACAGUCGACGAUUUCACAGUAAAUGCAAUCAGGAAUGCAAUUUACAGGAUGUACGCUGAAGGUUUGAAUGUUACAGUCGACACCAUUUUGAAAGAAAUCAGGGAAAGACAAAUAGAUUAUUAUGGUGGAAGAUCAAGUCUUCAUAAAUUGUUAAAGAAGAUGGGAUUUUCAUGGAAAACUGUUGAUGGACGAAAAGCUUUGAUAGAGAAUGAAAACAUAGUAUUGCAGCGAAUAGAUUUCUUGAGAAAGUAUAAAGAAGAAAAAGAAAGAGGUGCCAAUUUCAUAUUUGUUGAUGAAACAUGGAUUUUCCAGAGAGGCAAGGCAUUAAUUUAUUUGAAAAUUUGUUCUGUGGUCCAAUACAAAGUAUUUCAUUUCCAUUUCAUAUAUUUUUCAGGAACUGUAUCAAAGUCAUGGCAGGACAAGAGUCUACAAUCUGCGAAGAGACGUACUGUUGGAGAUGGUAAAAGGUUUAUUGUUGUUAAUGCUGGAGGGCGCACUGGCUUUGUGCCAGGAGCAGGAUUACUUUUUGUUUCAGGUCAGAAGACUGCAGACUACCAUGGCGAGAUGAAUGGGGAAACUUUCUUGAUGUGGUUUGAAGACAUGUUGGUGCAUCUUCAGGAACCCAGUGUCAUCAUAAUGGACAAUGCUUCAUAUCACAGCACCCAGGUUGAGAAAACACCUACAACGAACUGGACCAAGGAUGCACUGAUCGCGUGGCUGGAGAAGAAUGAGAUAAAACAUGAAAAUAAUUUGUUGAAAGUGGAGCUGCUGAGAAUAGCUAAACAAAACAAGCCCCGAAUACGGUAUAUUAUUUCGUUUUUUUUACAGCAUUUCUUUAAAAGUGAGAUAGUUGCAAAAAAUUACGUAUACGCCUUGUUCUAACACACUUUUCAGAUAUGAGGUAGACGAGUUGGCUCGUAACUAUGGCCACGAAAUUCUACGACUCCCACCCUAUCACUGCCACUAUAAUGCAAUCGAACUAGUUUGGGCUCAAUGUAAACACCAUUACAAUAGUAACGUGGGGCGGGCCAAGAGAUUUGACAAUGAUGCAGUUGCAGCCAUCUGGAAAGAGGCUCUUGAUGCUUCCACACC